AUGACCGCAACCUCUUUUCCAUCAUCCUCAACCAAUGACAUUGACGAUGCUCAAGACCUGGAUGCCCUCAUAGCAAGGUUGUUGCAGGAUUCGGAUCGUGAAUCUGUCGGCUCAGAGAUAGAAGUUCUGAAAUCCAUCUAUGGAGACGAUGCGAUUCGAAUAUGGAAACCUGCGGCUGGCGAUGAACUGAGGCAUCUGAACGAUGAUAAAAUUCGAUACGAAGUAGAAAUGGGGUUUCCUGAUCCUUAUGAGGAAGUGAAGAUAAAAGUUCUCGUAUCUUUAACACCGUCAUACCCAUCGAACUCUCCACCUCAGCUUCAGCUGCUUUCUCGAUACAUAGGAGCCUUCGGCGUCGAUUCAAACCUUUUUGGAUCCAUAUUACGCACCUUCAUCUCUUCAAAUGGUGUAGAUUGGACACCAGAUGUCGUUUGCGUCUUUGAUGGUCUACAGAACAUGCUGGACCGCUGUGUAGCUUGGUAUAAAGAGCGACUCAGUGCAGAUGAAAGUGGGGAGUUGCUUCGGGAGGACAUGGCUUCUCAUAAUCAUCAAAAUCGUGCAUCUAGCCCUGAUCUGGCUUCAAAACAAACUACUCGAUCUGAAGUCGAAGCCGUCUCCGUUGCGUUGCCAGAUGGGAUAGAAAUCUUUGAGGCAUCACCCAUUGUCGAUCGGAAGAGUAGCUUCGUUGGACGUGCCUGCACCAUUACAGACCCAUCUCAAGUGGGUCCUUUAGUUUCCCUAAUCACUAUUACAGUGGCAAUUCUUCUGCAGGUACCAUUGAUAUUGGCUCAUCUUUCUUCGGACAGGCGCAUCGCUCGAGCGGCUCAUCCUAUUAUCAACGCAUGGCGGUGCCAAGUUGGUAAUGUUCUACACCAAGAUAAUGACGAUGACGGAGAAACGGCGGCAGGAGGCCGUCUUGCCCAUUUACUUCAGAUCUUGGAAAUCAACAACGUCCUGGUGAUUGUUACCCGUUACUUUGGCGGGAUACAUCUCGGACCCGAUAGGUUUAAACAUAUCAAUCAAGCCGCCCGCAAUGCUUUGGAUGUGGGUGGAUUUUUGGAUUCUGAAGAAUCCAAGAUGAAAGGCAAUGUUAAGGGUAGAAAGCGAUGA